CGUGACUCGCGGACACCCGCCCGCGUGACCUCUGCGUACACACACGCGCAGAUCGGAGCUAUGGCUCAAAACAGGGCAGAAGAAGAUGAGUUUAUUAAUAAAGCGCCGCUGCAGGAGAGCAGAGAGACUGAAGAGGAGAGGAAGAGGAAGGAGGAAGAGUUCGGCUACGGUUUGUAUCCCGAGCGCAGCGGCAGCGGCAGCAGGUUCAAGCAGGGCUCGAUCGGAGAGAGUCUCUUCACCUUCAGACACAAGUGUCACAUCAUGCUGCAGGUCGCCAUGGACACGAGUCCUUAUGCUAAGCUCCUGCUGGGUGCGAUGAAGAGCUCCGGCUGUACAGUUCAUAAAGACAGACAUUUCUCCUGUGAGGACUGCGAUGGGACGGUCAGCGGUGGCUUUGAUGCUGCCACCUCUCAGAUCGUCUUAUGCCAGAACAACAUCCACCAGCAGGCUCACAUGAACCGUGUGGUGACCCACGAGCUGAUCCACGCCUUCGAUCACUGCAGGGCCCGAGUCGACUGGUUUAACAGCUUCAGACACCUGGCCUGCUCCGAGAUCCGAGCUGCUAAUCUGAGCGGAGACUGUUCGUUCGUUAAUGAGAUUUCCAGAUUUAACUUCGGCCUGAAAGAGCACCAUCAGGCGUGUGUUCGCGGCCGAGCGCUGCGCUCCAUCCUCGCCGUGCGCAAGGUGAGCCGGGAGGAGGCGGAGCUAGUGGUUGAUGAGGUGUUUGACAGCUGUUUCCAUGACCACGCCCCCUUCGGCCGCAUCCCACACAACAAGAAAGACGCCAAGUUCGCCUACAGAGAUUACGAGAACCGAGACCGAUACUACGCUAACCUCUGACGCAAGAGAGGAAUAUAAUCUACUGAGCUGUUCAUUCACGAUCAGGAAGAGUUAUUAAACCACACACUUGUGUUUUUCAUCACUAAUCAUUUCACAACAACAUUAAUGAUGUUCUUUAUCUGAGCAUCAGUUUGAGAUGGAUGAGAUUAUUUAUUGAUGGGAUAACGAUCAAAUCUGUCUUUGUGUAUAUGAUUGUACAGGUUUUUAUGAGCUAUUCUUGUGAACAUUCAGUGUUCACGGAGCCUCGGGUUUCUGUAAUAAAUCUGAAAACCUCAAAUCACAGAGAAUGAAAUAAAUGUUAUUUUACACAA